GUGUGUAGCCACUGCUUAUGUAACCCGUCUGCGUGCACCAGCCUGUUUGUGAGUGCAGCUUCCGUUUGUGCAUCAGUCUGUGUGUGUGUGUGUGUAGCCCCGUGUACCCACGCUCCGAUGGCAGGCUGCGCUCUCCGCCAGCCGCUGCCUCUGCUCUUGCUGCCGGGCCGCUCCCUCAUCUGCUGCGCCCGGCUCCGCUCCACCGCCGCCGCCCCCAAGCAGAAGGAAGAAGCGGCGGCGGCGGACAACGCCGAGGCCCGGGCUCGGGGCCAGGCUCAGCGCCGCUUGCGCGACGUCCCGCGGCCGCCACCGGCACCGGCCCGGAUGCCGGACUUCAGCAACUCCCGAGAAGCGUAUCGCAGCAAGACCAGCGCCCAGCUGCUCCGAAGCCUGCUCGUCUUUCGCCUCUGCUCCUACGACCUGCUGGUGGACAGGCACAAGGAGCUGAUCAGUCUGAGUCGGGCCUUGCUGGGGAGAUCGCUCUUCAGGAAGCUGAUGAAGAUGACCUUUUAUGGACAGUUUGUGGCAGGGGAGGAUCAAGACGACAUCAAACCCUUGAUUCGUGGCAAUCGUGCAUUUGGAGUGGGCUCCAUCCUUGAUUAUAGUGUGGAGGAUGACUUGACCCAAGAGGAAGCGGAGACGAAAGAAAUGGAUAAUGUUCUUGCAGGACAAUCUGCUCGAGGAUCUUGUGAGUCUCUUGGCUUAAAAGAUGGAGAAGGAGAGGUUCAGCGAGAGAAGAAGUUCCAACCGCAUCGGCAAUUUGGAGACCGCAGAGAGAGUGUCAUAAGUGCUCGGACGUACUUUUACGCAGACGAGUCCAAGUGUGAUCAGCACAUGGAGAUAUUCUUGAAGUGCAUCAUGGCUUCUGGUGGAAGCUCUGAGGAUGGAUUUGCUGCCAUCAAGUUGACAGCACUUGGACGACCACAGUUCCUGCUCCAGUUCUCCGAGGUGCUGGUCAAGUGGCGCAGUUUCUUCCGCCAUCUGGCUGCUGAGCAGGGCCUGGCCGGUCAGGCCGCAGUCGACACCAAGCUGGACCUCGAACAUCUGCAGGAGACUUUGGCUAGACUUGGCAUUGGCACCUUGGACGAAAUCACCCACUGGUUCACCGGAGAGAAGAUUGGACUAUCUGGUACUGUCGACCUGCUGGACUGGAACAGUUUGAUCGACAACCGAACUAAAGUUGCCAAACUCUUUGUGGUUCCAAAUGUGCAGACUGGGACGAUCGAGCCAUUGCUGCUCCAGUUCACAGAGCAGGAGGAACUGCAGAUGAAGAGGAUGCUGCAGCGAAUUGAUGUCCUGGCAAAGAGAGCCCUGGAGAUGGGCGUCUGCCUCAUGGUUGACGCUGAGCAGACCUACUUCCAGCCGGCCAUCAGCAGACUGACCCUGGAGAUGCAGCGUAAGUUCAACACGGAGAAGCCCGUCAUCUUCAACACCUACCAGUGCUACCUGAGGGAUGCUUACGAUAACGUAACAGUGGAUGUGGAACUGGCCCGGAGAGAGAACUGGUACUUUGGGGCAAAGCUGGUGAGGGGAGCGUACAUGCAGCAGGAGCGAAAGCGGGCCAAGGAGGUUGGAUACGAGGAUCCCAUCAACGAGAGUUACAAAGCCACAAAUGUCAUGUACCACAGGUGCUUGGAUUACAUCCUGGAUGAAAUCAAAGUGAACAGAAGGGCCAAUGUGAUGGUGGCCUCCCACAACGAGGCGACCGUUAACUACACGCUGCAGAGGAUGCACGAACUAGGUCUUCACCCUUCAGCAAGGAAAAUCUACUUUGGCCAACUGCUGGGGAUGUCAGAUCAGAUCACCUUCCCCCUUGGCCAGGCUGGCUACCCAGUGUACAAGUACGUCCCGUAUGGUCCAGUGGAGGAAGUCCUGCCUUACCUGUCCAGGCGGGCCCAGGAGAACAAGGGCAUGGUGGCGGGAACCCAGCGGGAGCGCCGCCUGCUGUGGGGAGAACUGAAGCGACGGACCGUGGCGGGGGAGCUGUUCAAACCAGUGUUGUAGAGGCGUCCUGGCUCGUCAACGCUUGGCGAGGUGUCUGCGUGGCCCCCUGGUGGAGGUGAAAGGGGAACACCACGACUCGAUGCAGACUGUUCGAGCUAUUGGGUCUCUCUCCCCCUCUCUCCCCCCUCCUCCCCCUCCCUCCAGCACAGGGUUCUGGUAAAACAAAAACGAAUAACUCUUCUUAGGGCCAAGAUUCGGUGAGGCUGCGUCGGAACUUGCCCUGCCUCUCUCUCACACCCUGGGCUCUUUGUGUUUCUCACCAAAACCCAGAGCUAUUUAAUUAUCGUGCAGUACUUGUAAGAACAGUAUUUAAAAUCCAGAUGGGCGUGACAGUUCCACUCGUGACUCCUGCUCACUUUACAAAAAAAUAACUGCAGGUGCUGGUUUGCAAAAAAAAGACACAAGGCGCUGGGGUGACUCGGCAGGUCUGGCAGCAUCUCUGGAGAACAGGGAUUUGUACAGCCAUCUACUAAUCGAACCCCCUUCACUUGUAUCCACCUAUCAUUUGCCAGGCUCUGUCCCAGCCCAACGUUUGUCCAACUUACCUACCCUACACUACAAUCAGUCUGAAGAAGGUUCCUCACAGGAAACGUCACCUAUCCAUAUUCUCCAGAGACCUGACCCGCUGAGUCACUCCAGCACUUUGUGUCUUGCUACAUUAUAUUAGCUGAAGAGCCACAGGGAAAAAUUGCACAGACUUGGCAGACACCCUGAACUCCUGCUGUGAGAGGUUUUUGUAUGGUGAGCAGGAAACCUACCCAUUCUGCCUUACUAACAGGGUUUGUUACUUUUGUUUUUAAUUGGGCAAUGCAAACGUAGUUUUAAUCAUUCUUCAGGGAUUUUCUUUUAAACAGGCGAGAAGAGUUUGGCGUCUGAAGGGUCUCGACCCGAAAUGUCACCCAAUCCUUUUUGUGUCUACCUUCGAGAAAAGUUUGGACACAGCUGCCGACCACCUUGUCUUAGUGCAGAGGUCACGCCCAUUAUAACACACACUACUCUAGUCGAGGGGGGAAGCGAGGGGUUAUACUGCCUGCAGCUUCCGUGAGCUCUCGGCCGCUCCAGUCAUUGACUAACGCAAGACCUGGAACAUAGACUGAACGCCAAGGAGAUUUCACAAGUGUUCCUGCUGCAUGUAAAACCAUGCAAACCACAUCCUCCCUUUGAAGUUCGCCUGAUUACGUGACGUGCUGUACUCAAUUGUGUAUAUAUUAACUCACUACCGUUAAUGCAGGCUUGUGGAUUCAAACUGUGUAGGAAGGAACUGCAGGUGCUGGUUCAUAGCGAAGAUGGAUACAAAGUGCUGGAGUAACUCAGCAGGUCAGGCAGCAUCUCUGGAGAAAAACAAAGUGAUAUUUCAGGUAGGGAUCCUUCUUCAGACAGAAAGUAGAAUGGGGGGGUGGGGGUUGGAUUUUUUACAGAGGUCCAACUCUUGGUGUCCCUUUUCCUACCUCCAGUUUCCCCACCAUCCCCUACUUUCAGUCUGAAGAAGGGUUCCGACCCAAAACAUCACCCAUCCGUUUUCUCCAGAGGUGCAGCCUGACCCACUCAGCUACUCCAGCACGUCUCUCAUGUGAAUUCAAGCUGCCUGCUUUGGCAAUGGACUAAAUAGUUGCAAGAUCGCCUUGUAUAAAGUGCAGAAUAGUCCCAAUUAUUUGUCAAUUUUGGAUAUAUGUAUAGCUGCAAAUGUAAUUUGUUAAUCGCCCUAUAUUCCCAGCAGGUAAGAGGUCGUGAUAGGCACAAGAGGAUUGAAAACU